GGGGGGGGGAUCAGUGCAUGAGAGACCCUAACCCGCUCUCUCCCUCUCUCCUUGAAACCUGACGACCACCGUGGACCAUGUCACACGGGAACCCCUCACUGCCGCCGCCAUCGUCGUCGUCGUUGCCGCUGACCUUUCUUAUAUCUUCAAGACUUGAGGACAGUGAUAUCUCACCUACCAUCUGCUGUCAUCAUCUCCACGUCCCAGCGCUGCAUCACCGGGCGGCGUUCCCGUGUCACCUCUAUCUCUGUGUCUUUGUCUAGUGUCACAUCUGUCUUCAUACGAUUCUCAUAUUGGACCCCCGGCUCGGUGUCUUCUUGGGUAACCUCCUCCUCCUCGUGGCCAACUCUCAGUCUCCCGCCGGCAAUCGCCAUGGCCUCAUCCUCGAUCCCCGCCAUGAACUACCACGAACCCUCGUCCCCCACACAAGACUUUCUCACCUUUGACCUCGAGGCAAAGGGACCACUGACCGGUCAACAACACACACACAGUGUCACACUUGCUGCACCGGUGGAUAAUCAAAACCUUGAUCUGGCAUCAUCGUUUGAUUCGAGCCUAUUCCAUCCAGACCUAUUCCAACCGCCUCAACCCUUGACAACAGCUCAUUCUACCGUCGCCUUUAACCACCUUCCAUUACAACCACAUCAUCAUCCUCAUCAACAACAACAUCACCACACCCUCAGUCACGCUUCCUCGUACUCUUCCCUGCACUCUGCAGCUUCAGCCUCCGAUAUGGGAUCAGGUAACGGACUGUGGGUCACCACCGAUGAAUCACCUUACGCAACACCAUAUGAUCACUCUCGCAACUCGUCCUUCUCGUUCGACCCGGCAACGACACCCAUCCACAAUCUCAUCAGUGGAGACUGGACCAUGCCGUUGCUGCAGCAACCCGUUCAGCCAUGUAUCCCUCUCGAGACGAUCUCGGCCAACCGACCGAGUCAACCUCUUUUCAUCGAAACUCAAAGACUGGGCAGGACCUCUGUCGAUCGACUCAAGGGAACUUACCGCUCGCAGCCUUACGCUAGACAGCGAUCAGAAUCUCUUUCCGUCAAGUCAGAAGCCGACGACGAUCUACCUGCUCUCCUCAGUGCUUCGACCAAUGCCAGUAUCCAGACAUCGCAGCAUCCUCAGACACCGUGGAGCAAUACGUUGAUCCAAGGUGUGGACCGUAUGACCUUGCACCACCGAAGAACGAGCUCUGCAGCUUCGAAUACCGCACUGAAUCACCAUGCGACCUCUCGACGACCCAUGCUUUCCCGAACGCAAAGAAGCUUCACCGUGUCCAGCUUCAAGCCCCCAAGCCAGCCUGAUGUUUCCGAGGAAUUGCAUCUUUCUGGCACGCCCGAAGACCGAGAGAUCGCCGUUCGCAACGCCUUGACGGAAGAUGCCACUGCCAUCUCGACCAUGACAAAUUCGUCGCAAGCAGACAAAUACCGCAGUAUCUGGGUCAGGCGAUGGCUGCGUCUGUGCUACGUCCAUGAUGUCACCUCCACCGUCCCUCGUCAAGGCCUCUAUGCGUCUUACACCAUAUCGUGCGAAGAGUAUGGUCUCAAACCGAUUAAUUCAGCUUCGUUCGGGAAAGCAGUACGCAAUGCUUAUCCUGGGAUCAGGACCCGUAGGCUUGGUCACAGAGGCAACUCGAAAUACCAUUAUGUCUCUUUACGUCCGGCCAUUCGCACCGAAGCAGAACGACUCAACAAUUAUGGCGACUCGAGCGGGCAACGGCACGUUGCACUGGGAGAUGGUCCGGUAGCAGACCUUUUGGACGACUUUAGUAACAGUCAAGAUGGCAGUUACGAAAUGAACGAUGAAGGUGAUGAGGAGGAUGACGAGGAUGAUCUUGAAUGCCAUGAUUUGCUUGACUCCACUUUAUCCAAUUUUGAGUCCAUCAGCAAUCUAAGCCAGCUUGACAAUUCUGGACACACGACUUCCACCGGUCUAUCGAUGCCUCGCCGACCCGUCGGAGGAUUCUCGCGGCGCCACACCACUUCCAUGAUGCCAUCUGUGGACAUCAACGUCGACCUUCCCUCCAUGCACGUGCAGACUCCGGUCUUCAAUCUUCCGAAUUUUCCUCGCCUCGCGGAGCAAGUUCCCAUCCCCGGCGAGCUACCUGCAGAAUCUUUUUGGCAGAGCUUUUGCCAACAUCAAGAGGCGCUUGCCAAUUGCGUGCGGAAUCUACAAUGGGGCACCUUUUCAGAUCUCUGCUCCACAUUUUGGGCCCAUCUUGGUGCAGACGACGUCCAAGCGAGUCAACAGCUCCACAUCAACGAGCUUGUCGUCAGAGCCAUGGCUUGCAGCUUUGACCAUUUCACCGCUAUACUCCUCGAGCAUGUUCACGUCCCGACGACCUCAGCCGAGGAUCUCUCAACGCUGCGACAUUUUGCCACUGAAUUCCGUUCUGUCUUUGAGGUAUCUCACAGACACUUCAUCUCAGAGGUUUCUGGACCUCGCGUCGAGCUCGCUGUGCGGUUCACUCACUUGAUUAUCCGAAUUUGGGAUCUACAACAAGUUACAUGCGCCUUGGCACCUUUUCUCUCAGAUGACAAACAAGUCAAAAGCUUGCUACUGUCCUGGGACAAGUUGGACUACAAGAGCCUGUCAGAUCAGUGCAUGUUAGCAUGUGGCUGUGAGGAAGACUUUUUGCAGAAUAUUCUCUUCCAGUUUCGCCAGUGGCUAGCGGAAUUGGUGGGAUCGGACAAUACUGGUGAACAAUCUGUCGAGAUGCUCGGGGAAUGGCUUUCGUCUGCCGUGGACAUUAUCAAGAACCGAGACCUGGAUUCCGAACGCAAGACCUCUCGAUCACUAGUCACCAAGACGGGAUUCAUCACUUCCCAGAUCCUUCGGGACUUUACUCUCAGGAGCGAUUCAACCUUUGGUAUCUUCCAACUGAUCAAGACUUGGGUCGACGAUUGGGUGUCCGUGAUCGUUCUUCGCGAGACUGCACUCAGCAUUGAUAAUCUUGAAAUGCGACGGACACCCUCCGACAUGCGUGUCAUGAUCCCAUCUCAAUCCUCAACUUCCCGCAGUCUCGAAGUCAAUACGGCGAUUCCUCCUCUGCUCUUUCACGGUCACGGUGUUCUCAUGCCGGGUAAGGGUUCGCUCUCUUUCGGAGUUGGAGUCGAUCACAUGGCUAUCACGCCAAAGCAAAAUUUCCAGCAAUCUGUCAAUCUUUGAGAGAUGAACGCAGCUCGGCUUGUGGUCAGCCCGGCCCGGUUGUAUAUACGUAGAAUGGUGGGCUGUAGGAUUCGCAAUUGUUCCAAGAGGUGGGGAAAAUGUGCCAUACUGAUUCAUCUCUCGGGGGGAACAUGAAUGCAUGCAUACAACAGGGUUGAAA